UAUCUCCCUCCUAAAUCCUAAUCCCCUCGCCCCGUCUUCUCUCCCACACACCCGCUUUGCUUCACUUCCCUCCGAGCCGCGGCCAUGGAGCUCGCCACCGCCUCCGCCGCAGUCGCCUCCGCUGCGCGCUCCCCCAACCGCUUCUCCUCCCCUCGUGCAGUCUCCAUCUCGUGGAACAAUUCCUCGUUCGCCUCCUCCUCCAACUCUCGCUCUCUCUCCACGUCCUCCGCCUCCACCUCUCGACGACGGCUCCCCGUCGCCUCGGCCGCCGUCGAGCUCCGCGAGGCCGCGUCUGGGGACGGCGACUCCGUCCGCGUCACGGAGACGUUGCAGCCCGGGUCCAGUGUUGAGUUCAGCGUGGAGGUGCCUACUUCGAUCAUUCAGGAGUGCUAUCAAUCCACGCUACAGGAGUACGCAAAGCGUUUCAAGGUUCCAGGAUUUCGGCCCGGGAAGAUAGUGCCAGAGAAUAUUCUUAUAAACUAUGUGGGCCCAGAACAUGUACAGGAUGCUACACUUGAAGCUAUCUUAAAACGGACACUUCCUCAAGCAUUAUCCUCGGUAGAGGAGAGGGCAUUAGAAGAUUCUGUUCGCAUUCUGACUAAGUUUGAUGAUAUGAGAAAUUCUUUCUCACUUGAUGAUGUGUUUAGAUAUGAUGUUUCUGUGGAUGUUGCCCCUGAAGUCCGAUGGUUAUCAGAAGACAAAUAUAAGAACCUCAAAGUGGUUGUUGAAAUAGAUGAUGUUGUUAAUGCCGAAAAGGCAGCAGAGAAAGAGCUUAAGCGUCGUCAUAAAGCUCUGGGAUUACUUAGAAUAGUGGCUGACAGAGGCCUCCAGGUUGGUGAUCUGGUGGUACUAGAUAUAUUUGCAGAAAGUAUUAACAGUGAUGGCUCUAAAGGUGAAAAAAUUUCAUCAGCUGAGAGUACAGGUUUCCACUUGGACACUGAGGAAAAUAAUAAUCUUGUUCCUGGAUUUCUUGGUUCAUUAAUUGGGAUUUGUCCUGGUGAGACCAGAUCAUUUCCUAUUCAGUUCCCCGAGUCAUUUGAGCAAGAAAGUCUAAGAGGUGUCCGUGCACAAUUUACUGUUGUGUGUAAAGAGCUCUUCUACAGAGAGUUGCCAGAAAUGGAUGAUUCACUUGCUGGAAAGCUCCUUCCAGGAUGCACUACCAUGGAUGAGGUUCGAGAACGUAUUUUGGAAAGAUGUAAAGAAGUGGAGAAAACAGCCAUAGAACAAGCAACAGAUAAUGCAAUCCUUGAUCAGCUUGGAAAGUUGGUUGAAGUUGAUGUUCCACGUUCCUUGUUUCAAGAACAAGGCCAACAACUGUAUGGAGCCAAACUCCUGCAACUUCAGGCAGAAAGGAAGUUAGAUAAAGACCAGCUAGCAUCGCUAUCAAGCCAAAGGUCAGUUCAGGAGUACCUAGAAGAUGAGAGGGAGAAUAUUACUAGAAUCAUUAAACAAAUGCUGGCUGUUGGUGAAAUUUUUAAGUCCGAAAAUUUACAGUACUCAACUGAUCAGCUCGUCAAGGAAAUUGAGAACUCCGUGGCAGAGUUCAAGCAGUAUAAUCAAGACUAUGAUGAGGACAACAUCAAGCAGCAGGUCCAGGAUGUUCUAGAGGCAUCGAAGGUGCUUGAAUGGCUCAAGGAGAACUGCACGAUCGAGUACAUCAGACAAUGAGUCUGAUGUAUAUGCUCUCUCAAUUGUUAAAAGGAUGGCUGGCGGGCAAAUUUUGUGAGUUACCUUGGUCCUUGCCAACCAAUACAUAAAAUGAAGGUUUUUACAGACUAAUGCUUUUUAAGGGUCUGUUUUGUUUAUAGCACACGGAAGAAAUUCUCGUUUGUCAGUACAUUGCAAGUUUGGUCUAUGUUCAUUCUUAACAAGGCUGUAAUCGACCGUGCAACAGAUCAUUGUUACAAUAAAUUGUUCUGAAAUAAACCAAUGAUGAAUUCCUCUGGA